CCUCCUCUGCCUCCUCCCCGGCCACAUUCUUCCCCCCCACCCCCUGCUCAAAAACUAGUCUGCCUAUUAGAGAACAGGUAAUUCGGGGUCUGCGACUCCAGAGACCGCCGUAACGCUUCUCAGUUCACUGGAUGACACCGAGACAAGAACAGGUGAAAGACUCCACUUCAUUUCCAUCAUGACGUCAACGAUCAACCUGGGCCCCUCGGCCAAUCCCAAUGCCAAACCUACUGAUUUUGACUUCCUGAAAGUGAUUGGAAAAGGGAGCUUUGGAAAGGUCAUCCUGGCAAAGCGCAAAAGUGAUAGUAAGUUCUACGCAGUGAAGGUUCUGCAGAAGAAGACCAUUCUGAAGAAGAAAGAGCAAUCUCACAUUAUGGCUGAAAGGAACGUCCUGCUUAAGAACUUGAAACAUCCCUUCCUCGUGGGCCUGCACUAUUCCUUCCAAACUGCAGAAAAACUCUACUUUGUCCUGGACUACGUCAAUGGAGGAGAGCUUUUCUUCCACUUACAAAGAGAGCGCUCCUUCCUGGAACCCCGGGCCCGCUUUUAUUCUGCGGAGGUGGCUAGUGCUAUUGGCUACUUGCACUCUCAAAAUAUCAUUUACAGAGACCUAAAGCCUGAAAACAUCCUCCUAGAUAGCCAGGGUCAUGUCGUGCUGACUGAUUUUGGUCUCUGCAAAGAGGGGAUGGAUCCAGAAGAGACCACUUGUACCUUCUGCGGGACUCCUGAGUACCUGGCCCCAGAGGUCCUGAAGAAGCAGCCUUACGAUCGCACCGUGGACUGGUGGUGUUUGGGUGCUGUCCUCUAUGAGAUGCUCUAUGGACUGCCUCCGUUUUACAGCCGGGAUGUCUCCCAAAUGUAUGACAACAUCCUGAACCAGCCGCUGCAACUCCCGGGAGGAAAGACGACCGCGACCUGCGACAUUCUCCAGGGUCUUCUGCACAAGGAUCAGCACUGCCGACUAGGAGCCAAGUCUGACUUUCUGGAGAUCAAGAACCAUGUAUUCUUCAGUCACAUUAACUGGGAUGACCUGUACCAGAAAAAGAUUCCCCCUCCUUAUAACCCCAACGUGGCUGGUCCAGCUGAUCUGCGACACUUUGAUCCAGAAUUCACCCAGGAGGACGUGCCGAAUUCUGUUGGCCGCACACCCGACCUGAGCCUCGGCAGUUCCAGUUGCUCAAAUGCCUUUUAUGGCUUCUCCUAUGCGCAAAGCGAUGAUGACUUUUUGAGUUGAAAUCAUAUUGGAUACAGUUUUUUUUCUAUGACUAUGAAUAAUUCAAUUUGGAUAAACCAACGACAAUGUCACACUCCGAUCUGCAGAUGAAUUGAAGGAUAGAGUCCUCAGAGUUGGUGCAUGGUGUCCUUCUGAUGUCAUCAUGUGCUCUACAGACCCACCUCGAACCAUCAUAUGGACUGAUGAACAGAGAUGAAGGAAGUGUUUGUAAGCUCAAAUUCUUUGCUGAUCAGUUUA